CCUCGAGUAUCUCCGAGAUAGUCUACAAGUGAUUUAUCGUUUGUUGCCAGGCAUUUUCGGACGGAGGGCAUAUUCUUGUAAUUAAACAUGGGGAUGGAUAAAAUGAAAACUUGGAUGAAGAAAAUACUGAGUGUGAUAACAAUUCGGAGUGACCUCGGACGAUGUCUCAUGGCCGAGUUCUACUCGACGUUCAUGCUAUCGGUCUUCUUGCGUGCGGCCAUCGCUCAGGAUCUCACUUCAGGAACGGGAUCAGUAUUCAACAUCGCUUUCACCGCCGGUAUGGGGGUCGCUUUCGCCAUCUACUCCAGUUUCGGCGUCUCAGGGGGUCACAUCAACCUCGCCGUAUCGAUAGGAGUAGCUGUUUUAGGAAAAUUACCAUGGAAAAGGGUUCCUGUCUAUUACUUAGCCCAACUAGCGGGCGGGUUUGUCGGAGCUGUGCUUGUCUAUGCUGUUUACCAAGAUGCCUUCGAUGAUUUCGACGGUGGAGAGCGUCAGGCGUUUGGCCCGAAUGGGACGGCAGCGAUAUUUGCUACAUUCCCCCAACUGUAUCUGUCUGUGACGACCGGGUUUUUCGAACAGGUAUUGAGCACAGCGCUAUUUUUAGCCAUCAUAGGCGCAGUGUUGGACCAUCGCAACGUCCCGCCCCCUCUCAACUGGGCCCCUUUCUUCUUUGGUUUGAUUAUUUUAGCCCUCGUCAUGACCUUUGGUCAUAAUGCAGGGGCACCCCUGAAUCCUUCGAUAGACCUUUCGGGACGUCUUUGUCUGGGUGUCAUGGGGUACGGCGCGGAGGUCUGGGUGCUAGCCGAUGGUACACACGAUGGUGUUCAUUGGUGGUUGAUACCCAUCUUUGGACCCGCCAUUGGGGGCGCUGUGGGAUCCUGGGCCUACUACCUCGCAAUCGAACUCCACCAUCCUCCUGUUGAUGAGAAAGAAGAUGCAACAGACUACAAAGAAAAGAUAGAGCUUGAAAAGAAAGAUGGAAUGCCCAAAACCCACGCUGCAGAGAUUCAAUGUGAGCUUUCUCCCAUAUAACAUUCAUUGGCUGAAUCAUAAUACGAUCCCCUGUUACCGGAGAGAGACUCCCAGACAUCCGUGUAGAAGCAGUAUCUCAGGAAACUUUUCGCAUUUUCUACGAGUACUAAAAACUGAGCGGAUAAUUUGAGAUUUCUGUUAUAAUGUUCUUUUUUUCCUUCAAUAUUAUUUAUGUAUUCUGGUUAAAUUUAUUCGAACUGGCUAAAGGCGAUAUUUAAGUAGGUGAAAUUGUAAUAUUAAAACUAGAUAUAAGCAAUUGAAAUGUUAGUAGGUGAAAUAGAUAUUAACUCAUUAAGUUUUGUGAUAUUUAUAUUUUGAAAAAUAUUCCUCAUAACUUUAAGAUUUUAAGAUAUCGUACUAGGUAUCAAUCCAUACCCACAUUUAGGUAUCGAAUCUGGUAUAUCUAAUUAAAUCUAUUAUAAAUUUACAGUAACAUACAUGCAUAUUUAUUUUGGUAUCUCAAUUAAAAAUUCCAGUCAUAUCAUGUCAAUUUUCAAUAAUAUCGUCCUAACCCCUUUCAAUGUGACACACUAUUAUAAACUUCCCCAAUCGGUGACUGUUCGUCCCCCAUGAUCCUCUUUUUCUUAUG